CUCUUCCUGUGUUAGGGUGGCACUGUCAUCGGCAGCGCUCGCUGCAAGGACUUCAGAAGCAGAGACGGUCGUAUGAAGGCCGCCUGCAACCUGGUGAAGCUGGGCAUCACCAACCUGUGUGUAAUAGGUGGAGAUGGCAGUCUGACGGGAGCCAACGCGUUCAGGACCGAGUGGAGCGGGCUGCUGGUUGAUCUGGUCCGAGCAGGUAAGAUCACUGAGGAAGAAGCUAAUAAAUCGUCCCACCUCAAUAUUGUUGGCAUGGUCGGCUCAAUCGACAAUGACUUCUGCGGCACUGACAUGACCAUCGGUACUGACUCGGCACUGCACCGCAUCAUUGAGGUGGUGGAUGCCAUCACCACGACUGCACAGAGCCACCAGAGGACGUUUAUCCUGGAAGUGAUGGGCAGACACUGUGGUUACCUGGCGCUGGUGACGGCUCUCGCCUGUGGAGCUGACUGGGUGUUCAUUCCCGAGAUGCCGCCAGAUGAUGGCUGGGAGAACCACUUGUGCAGGAGGCUGUCAGACCAAAGAGCCCGUGGAUCUCGACUAAAUGUGAUCAUUGUGGCCGAGGGCGCCAUGUGCAAGGAUGGCAAACCGAUUACAUCUGACCAGAUCAAAAAGCUGGUAACUGACAGACUCGGCUUUGAUACCCGCACCACUGUUCUUGGACACGUGCAGAGAGGAGGAACACCCUCUGCCUUCGACAGAAUCCUGGGCAGCAGGAUGGGAGUGGAGGCGGUGAUGGCAUUGCUGGAGGCCACCCCAGACACUCCCGCCUGUGUGGUCACCCUGUCGGGGAAUCAAGCCGUCAGAUUGCCGCUCAUGGAGUGCGUGCAAGUGACAAAAGACGUGAGUGCUGCCAUGGCUCAGGGCAGAUUUGACGAUGCCAUCAAUCUCAGAGGAAAGAGUUUUGAAAACAACUGGAAUACGUACAAGCUGCUGGCUCACAUCAAUCCUCCAGAUACUAAGAGUAACAUCAAUGUGGCCAUUAUGAAUAUCGGCGCCCCCUGUGCUGGUAUGAACGCUGCCGUGCGUGCAGCGGUGAGGAUGGGCAUCAUCCAGGGUCACUCCAUGCUGGCAGUCCAUGAAGGUUUCGACGGUCUGGCUCAAGGACAGGUAAUAAUUUUUUUGGUAAUCUGUUAUCCUUUUAAACCAGAGAACCAGCGUCACACGUGCAAGAAUCUUCUUCCUACUUCGAUUACGAAGACUAGAACUGCUUUUUGUUGCCUCUGGUGUUUUGUUCCCUCUGGCUCUGACUUUAGCAUCGGCGCCGACACUGCCCUGAACACCAUCACCUCCACCUGUGACAGGAUCAAGCAGUCUGCAGCAGGCACCAAGCGCCGCGUGUUUAUCGUUGAGACUAUGGGUGGAUACUGUGGCUACUUAGCCACCAUGGCAGGUCUGGCUGCUGGGGCUGAUGCCGCUUACAUCUUUGAGGAAAAAUUCGACAUUAAAGAUCUGGAGACGAACGUCCAGCACAUGGUGGAGAAGAUGAAGACAACAGUGAAGAGAGGUCUGAUUCUCAGGAAUGAAAGCUGCAAUUCCAACUACACGACUGAUUUCAUCUUCAACCUGUACUCAGAGGAGGGAAAAGGCGUCUUUGACUGCCGUAAGAAUGUCCUCGGACACAUGCAGCAGGGCGGCACUCCUACACCCUUCGACAGAAACUUCGGCACAAAGAUGGGUGCCAAGGCAGUUCUGUGGCUUACUGACAAACUGAAGGAGUGCUAUAGGCAUGGUCGUAUCUUUGCUAACACAGCAGACUCUGCUUGCGUGCUGGGAAUGAGAAAAAGGGCACUCACCUUCCAACCUCUCGCUGAAUUGAAGGAAGACACAGAUUUUGAGCGCCGCAUCCCUAAGACACAGUGGUGGCUGAAAAUCAGGCCCAUCAUGAAGAUCUUGGCUAAAUAUGACAUCAAACUGGACACGUCUGAACACGCCGACAUGGAGCAUGUGAUCAAGAAGAGUAGCUUUCUUGAGAAGUAGACGCCAUCUGCUCCCUGUUAGCACGCAGUUGGACAGGGGAAUUUUGUUCUUUUCCAUAAACAAACUCAUGUUUUCUUGUUUACCCAUCUGUCUGCCUCAGUAAAAGAGCUGCUAUCGUUCCUGUCCUGAUUGUUUGCUUCCUCUUUGUAGCCCUCAUCCUGAAAAGCUUUUCCUGAAUACACAGUGCAGAAGAAAACAAGGCAUUAAAGAUGACUGAUAAUCCCCCCAAAACACUGUGUUGUUGGUGAUUAAUGCCAAUUAAUGUGAUCUGUCCAGAGAAACUAGCAGACUAAUUUUUAAUUUACACUCUAUUGUGGAAAUGGUGUCUGAUCAAAACCCAUACAGCGAACACAGUGAUUAAAAGUUUACAUAUUUAGCAACUGCGUGACCUGAUGAUCAUCUAGACGUCAUUUAGAAGUGUUUUUGUUUUGUUUUUCCUUGUAGCCACAGUAAAUUGUACCCGUUACACCUAUACAUAUGAAUUUUAGCUCACUGGAAGCGCUGAUAUAAUUACACCUAAUGCAUCUGAAUUAGUAAGCCUCAAUCACAAAUCUUUAGAAAACUUCCUUUACUCCAAGAGGUUCUUGCCCCCGAAAAUUUUGAACCCCAAUUGAAAACCAUAGAUGUCUGGUAAAAGCAGCCAGCUAUAAUAACGUGAUCCAUCGGUACACAUUCAGCCUCCUUUUCUUUAUCCUGAUUAUAAACAAUACUUGAGCUGGGUGCAGCUAAAGAUGGACUCAUUGCGAUCUGUUUUGCUGCUCCUAAAUAUCCUCUGCACACGUUCAAACACAGAUAUAUUAUUCUCUGAAUAAGCUCUGUUUGUAUGGGUUUGUCAUAAAGAUAAAUGUAUGUGGAAAAAGCCAUAACAAAAAGAGAUUACCUAUGUUUAACGAAGAACUGUGACUACAACUGAAGCAGCUUUUGUUUUGUUUCAUUUGUUUUUAAUAGAUUUUGGUAAAUUUUCUGGUAACAAAUGUUAUAACAUGUUAAUAAAAGCUUUGUUUACUGACUUA